AUGGCCUCGUUUAGAGGGCAUGAUAGCUAUGACCAUGAUAAGACAUUCUCACCAAGCGCAACCGCAACCGCGGCAUCGACAGUAGACCAGACGAUGGACGGUGAAGUGGACUUGACGGAACCCAAGAUUAGCUAUUCCUGGACAUACUGGUAUGCCAAGUUCACGGAGCUCAAUGAAUAUGAGUGUCUCCCUAACCCGGUUGAAACGCAAGGCGCACACCUCAUCUCAGCGCCAUCGUCGCCGAAUGCAGUAGGGUCCCGCCACGACCCUUCUUCGUUUUAUGACCACCUGUUUGAGCGGCUGCGUGGGCUUGCCUUGCGACAGUCAAUACGCGAGAAUAUCUACGGCGAAGAGUUUGCCAACGAAUGGCCCAUCUCACGGACACCGCGCGCCUUGGCGAAUGAGAUCCGAAUAUCUCGAAGAAAGGCCCGUGACGCACUGCUGCAUCUGGAUUCUCCGUCUACAUCAUCGGAUUCUGAAUAUGAGCCGGCCUGGAAAAGAAGAAUUCGCGAAGUGCGAGAAAAGAAACGCCACGCCAAGAAGCAAGCCAAGCUACUGGCUCAGGCUCAGGCUCAAACUGAGGACUCGGUUCAGCUUCAACUUCAAACUCAAGUUCAGUCUCGAUCGAUCCAGGUUGAACCUCAACCUCAAGCCCGGUUUCUCCUUGAGCCGAUUGUUGAGGAUGAGGCAGAGCAGUCGCCCAUCCCCGCCACCAGGGCUCUAACCGAUGCCGUUCGCCAGAUGACCAUACCACCGUCUCGCGAGCUAGGUGACGAUGUUAAGAAUUCCAACCAACUCUUUUGCGCCUUUGUGAACAAUCUCAGCAAUGUGUGCGAUAGAGAAGGCGGUGACAACACUGUCACCUCCGUCGUCGUUGUCAAGGAUCAGUCAUUCGAAAAACGCAAGACACCGCCGACACCAGUCACUCCCUCUUUUAAGAAUGCCAAAGUAUGA